UUGUUGUCAUGCCAAACUUCGACUCCCAAGAAUCUCUCCACACCACUCUCCGGUCCCCUCCCUCCUCUCUCUCUCUCUCUGAUCCACUGUUCUUCUGCUCCAAUUCCAUUCUCUUCAAACCCAUUUGUUAUCUUUCUUCACUUUUUCCUUAACCAUGGUGGCUGCGCUGCCUCUUUUGCCAAUGAUGCUUUCUCUUCUUUUUCUUUACCUCACCAUUGCAACUGAGGUUCACUGCUAUGAAGAGAAGGCCCUCAGCCUGCAAACAUUUCAAUGGAAACAGCAAAGUGGCAAACCAAGUUGCCUCUCCCGGAAAUCAAGGAAGGAGAAUGGUGCAACUAUAUUGGAAAUGAAGCACCCAGACUACUGCUCGGGAGAGAUCAUUGACUGGAAUAAGAAGCUACAAAAACGUUUGAUAUUGGAUGAUCUUCAUGUCCGGUCACUGCAAUCCCGGUUUAAAAACACGGCAUCGGCCGGUACCAGAGAUGUUUCGGAAGCUCAAAAUCAAAUGCCAUUAACUUCCGGCAUAAAAUUUCAGAUUCUAAACUACAUUGUAACAGUAGGAUUGGGAGGCAGAAAUAUGACAGUGAUUGUAGACACAGGAAGUGAUUUGACAUGGGUUCAAUGCCAGCCAUGCAAGUUAUGCUAUAGUCAACAAGAACCUCUCUUCAACCCUUCUAUAUCCCCAUCAUACCAAUCAGUUUUCUGCAAUUCAUCAACCUGUCAGUCUCUGCAAUUUGCUUCCGGGAAUCCAGGAUUCUGUAACCAAAAAACUUGUAACUAUGUUGUUAACUAUGGAGAUGGAUCAUAUACAAGAGGAGAGCUAGCUCGUGAUCACCUUAAUCUUGGAACAACUCCUGUGAACAAUUUCAUAUUUGGCUGUGGAAGGAACAAUAAAGGUCUUUUUGGAGGAGCUUCAGGUUUAAUGGGUCUUGGAAGGAGUGCAAUGUCGGUGAUUUCUCAAAGUUCUGCAUUAUUUGGAGGAGUUUUCUCCUACUGCCUGCCUUCCACAGAAGCUGGAGCUUCUGGUUCAUUGGCUAUGGGUGGAGAUUCUUCAGUAUUCAAGAAUUUUACUCCCGUUUCUUACACCAGAAUGGUUCCUAAUCCACAGCUAUCCACCUUCUAUUUUCUCAACCUUACUGGAAUUAGCAUUGGUGGGGAGGCUUUACAAGCUCCAAGUUUUGGUGCAGGUGGAAUUUUGAUUGACUCUGGAACUGUUAUUACAAGGCUUGCUCCAUCAGUUUAUGAGGCUGUGAAAGCAGAGUUUCUGAAACAAUUUUCUGGGUUUCCUCCGGCACCGGGAUUUUCCAUCUUGGACACUUGCUUUAACCUCAGUGGAUAUGAGGAAGUGAACAUUCCUACAAUAAAAUUGCACUUUGAGGGUAAUGCUGAGAUGGAUGUGGAUAUUAGUGGCAUAUUUUAUUUUGUAAAGACUGAUGCGUCUCAGGUUUGUUUGGCUCUUGCAAGCCUCUCCUAUGAAGAUCAGAUUGGUAUUAUUGGGAAUUAUCAGCAGAAGAACCAAAGGGUUAUAUAUGAUAGUAAACAGUCCAAGCUGGGAUUUGCAGGAGAAAAUUGCAGUUUCAUAUGAACUGAAGAGAUAUAUAUAUAUAUAUAUAUAUAUAAUAUAGUUAUAUUUUCCAUUCGGGGAAGAUGUAAAACAUAACGACGCCGUUUGUGAUUUUUCAGAUUGUCGAUCUUCUAAGUGUAAUAAUGCGACUUCCUAAUGUGGAGAGCAAGAAGAUUACGUAUUGUAUAUUCAUUCCUGAAAAUUUUAUUCCAAUAUAAGCUCAGAAGUGUGUGAAAAA